CCAAAUAUAAGUUACAUCUUACAAGUGUUACAUUUCUCACAACAAAAUCCUCAUAAAUUUCCAAAGUUAGCCAAAAAAACCAACUACAAACAAAAACGAUGAGCACCAAUAUUACACCCGACCAUGAAGAGUUCCGGAUUGUUUGCCCGCCCGUAAACAAGGAAGACGGCCGACUACCACGUAAGUACACCGAUGAAGGUCAAGGUGCCAAACAACGUACAUCGCCUCCGAUAGAGUGGUAUAAUGUUCCGGAAGGGACUAAGAGUUUGGCUUUGGUGGUGGAGGAUAUUGAUGCCCCGGAUCCAAGUAGUCCACUUGUUCCGUGGACUAUUUGGGUCGUGGCCCAUAUCCCACCCACCUUAAAAGGGUUAUCCGAGGGAUUCUCGGGUAAGCAAGAUCAGGAAUUGGGUGAUGAGUUUGGGAAUAUUGCGGAAGGGAAUAAUGAUGAUAAGGUACCUGGUUGGCGAGUUCCUACUAUGCCUAGCCAUGGGCAUCGGAUUGAGUUUAAGUUGUAUGCACUUGAUAAAGAAAUUCAUCUCGGCAAGACGGUGUACAAGGAGAGGUUGUUGGAUGCAAUUGAAGGUCAUGUAAUUGGAGAAGCGUCUAUGAUCGCAGUCUUUUAAUCAUCUUUCAAUUAGACUUUUUCAAGUUUUGUUUGUUUAUCUUCUUUAAUUAAUUGUCACCAUCAACCUGGGCUUUUUAAUUUCUGCUCGUCUUUUCUGAAUAAUGAUGUAUGUGUGCUGGCUUGAAAUGAUUGGAUGAUGUUGUAAUUGUGUUGAUGAUCUAUUCAAGUGCUGUUUGGUUGAUUUGUGA